AUCAAUUCUUUAUAAAUAAACAAAAGAAGACCAGAUAAGUUUUUGAUAAUAUUCUCUAGGCGGCUAGAAAACAAUUAUCAACCACUCCAUUUUUAUCAUGAGCACCACUCCUACAGUUCCGGCACCCAUUCCAUCGCCGGCGACACAUACCGAGAGCUAUGACAUCUCCCCUAUAGCCGCCGUUCUCUCUCUGCUAGCACUUGUCGGCAUACCCGUCUUAAUUUACGCUUUCUUCUUCGCUAUAAAGUGCCCCCGGGACCCUUUCUCUUGGCUUCACCGGAGCUCCGGCGAAAAUGCCGGAGAGUUGACCGGAAGGAGAGGAGACAGCGGAGGUAUGGAGUUGAUUCCUGUUGUGAAGUACAAGGAGGAGGCACAUGGAAAAGAGCAUGGCAGCGAGUGUCCGGUGUGCUUAUCGGUAUUUUCGGACGGUGAAGAGAUAAGGCAGGUCAAGCCGUGCAAGCACUUGUUUCACACUGCAUGUAUUGAUAUGUGGUUAUACUCUCACUCUAAUUGUCCGGUUUGUCGUGCUUCAAUUGCCGGGAUCAAGCAUCCGAAACGGCCGGUGGUGCAGGGCGAUGAUGAUCUCCGGCAAGGUUUGCCGGAUUCUUCCAGCUUAGUUUGAUUCAUUGAUUGUUUCUUGCUCCUUUCCAUCUAUAUAUUAGGUGUCUCAAUUCAUAGAUUUUGCUAGCUCUUGGAAUUCAAGUUAUAAAGUUUAGAUUUCUAAAUCCAAAGGGAUUGAGAAUUGUACCUCCCAACUGUACAUAAUGUAUACAGUAUAUAUUUUUUUCCUGUACAUAAUUUGUAAACAAUUUAUUUUUUCAAGGAACCAAUAUUAAGAGGUUAGUGGGUUAGAGAGGAAGGAGAUAAUGCAAAGUUUGAAUGCAACUCUUCCAUUCAUGUUGAAGAGUAACCUAAUCACUUAAAUAAUAAAAUAUUUAUUUUUUAAUUUUAA